AUGUCCUUUUCGCUGAAUAUUUUCAUUCUUUCCUGUUUAUUCUUUAUUGUUUCUGCGAAAAAUCACACAGCAAACUAUGAAAAGGAAUGCGAAGAAUAUGACAGAUAUUUGAAGGAAUUCCAGAAGAAAUAUUCAGUGGAUGAGAAAAACCGAAGGCUGAAGUACUUUAUGCGAGCUCAACGAAAGAUCGAUUUGUGGAAUGGAGAGGCGAUGAAUGUGGGCGGAAAAGCGAAAUUCGGGCACAACAAUUUCUCGGAUUGGAGCCCGAAAGAGUUACGGGCGUUGAUGGCGAAUCAGAAAUGGACAACGAAUCAGGCUGAAGACGAUCUCGUCUCACUGCGACUCGUCCAACUUCUCCCAUCAAAUAUGACUUAUUCCGCAAAUGACUCUACGAUUUUCAUCGAUUGGAGGCAAAAGGGAAUGGUGACUGCCGUGAAAAAUCAGGGUGGUUGCAGUUGUUGCUAUGCUUUCGCGGCGGUGGGGGCAGUCGAGUCAGCUCUUGCCAUUGCUGGACAACCGUUGAGGAACUUGUCUGUUCAAGAGAUGCUCAACUGUGUGGGCGGUGGUUGCCGGGGUGGAGCGCCGUAUAAUGUGUACAAAUUCAUUCAACAAAACGGGAUCGUUCUCGAUACAAAAAUCGCGUACACGGGAAAACGACAAACUUGUACGAUCAAGCGAUCCAAUAUCACCAUUUCACAAGCCCCAGCACUGCGUGGUGAGGCCGCCUUGGAGGGUUUCUUGAACGCAACUGGCCCAGUCUCCGUCUGUUUCAAGGCUCCAUGGUCUUUCAUCAAGUAUCGCACCGGUGUCUAUGCACCAAAUCCCACUGAAUGCAACAAAACAAAAACCGCUCAUUGUGUUCUGGCUGUAGGCCAUGGAGUCGAUGGUGGAGUGCCGUAUUGGAUUCUCAAGAAUAGUUGGGGGCUUCGUUGGGGCGAGGACGGGUACGCAAGAUUUAUCAAAGGGCAAAACGCUUGCGGAAUCGAGAAUCGCUCCGCGAAUGGACCAAUCGUUAACUCUAAU